AUCUGGCCAUGCGCGCCACGAUCCUGGCUGGCUGGCCAGCAGUGACAUUUAAUCAAAACAGCAAAUAAUUUCGAACGUGGAUACUUUUGGUCGGCCCCGUACGUGCUCUUGAUGCGAUCAAAACAAAUUACCGGCAAAGAUGUGCAGAACUUUACCGUGGAACGUGUACCGCCAGCACUGUUUGUGACACCUUAAUGACCAGCCUGUAAGCUAAACCCCCGCCAGCCAGCAACCCGACAGCACAGUGUAUCCGCUACGAUGAAGCUGGUCCGAAAGAAUGUCGACAAAACGGGCGAUGGGAGCGUUACCCUCGUACCCGAAGAACCGGAGGAUAUGUGGCACGCGUACAAUCUCAUCGCGGAAGGUGAUCAAGUCCGUAGCAGCACCAUCCGGAAGGUGCAAAACGAAUCCUCUACCGGGUCGUCGAGUAGUAGCCGCGUACGAACGACACUCACGAUUAGCGUCGAGACGAUAUACUUCGACACGCAGGCUCAAGUGCUGCGCCUGAAAGGUCGCAACAUAGAGGAGAAUCAAUUCGUAAAGAUGGGUGCCUACCAUACGAUCGAUCUCGAGCUAAACCGUGCGUUCACGCUCAUGAAGCCGGAAUGGGACACGAUCGCGCUGGAACGCAUUGAAAUGGCUUGUGACGUAACGCAGAACGCGGAUGUGGCCGCAGUGAUCAUGCAGGAUGGGUUGGCACACGUGUGCCUGAUCACGUCCAGUAUGACGCUGGUACGGAGCAAGAUCGAUGUGGCGAUCCCGCGCAAACGUAAGGGCAACGUUCAGCAGCACGAGAAGGGCCUGAACAAGUUCUACGACGCCGUGAUGCAGGGUAUACUGCGGCACGUCAAUUUUGAGGUGGUCAAGUGUAUCUUGAUCGCAUCGCCCGGCUUUGUGAAGGAUCAGUUCUACGAGUAUAUGUUUCAACAGGCUGUAAAGACUGACAACAAGGUGCUGAUAGAGAAUAAAAGUAAAUUUAUGCUGGUUCAUUCGUCCUCCGGGUUCAAGCAUUCACUUAAAGAGGUGCUCCAAGAUCCGGCCGUAAUCGCAAAAAUGUCCGACACGAAGGCGGCCGGCGAGGUGAAAGCGCUGGAAACUUUCUACACCACGCUGCAGCUCGAACCGUCGAAGGCUUUCUACGGCAAGAAGCACGUCUGCAAGGCGGCCAACGCACAAGCCAUCGAGAUGUUGCUGAUUUCGGACAAUCUCUUCAGAUGCCAGGAUGUGGCCACACGCAAAGAGUACGUACAGCUGGUGGAAUCGGUCCGCGAUUCGGGUGGUGAGGUUAAAAUAUUCUCCAGCAUGCACGUCUCCGGCGAACAACUCGCUCAGCUAACCGGAGUGGCGGCCAUCCUGCGCUUCCCAAUGCCCGAACUAGAGGACAGCGAUAAUGAGGCCAGCGAUGGGUCGGAUUCGGAUUAGAAGAGAUAUGCGUACACGUGUGUAUGUGCUUGUUAUGGGCCCUGUGUGGUUCGUUGGUUCGUGUAGAGGAGAGGAGCUUAAGGAGAUUUGUUCGCGUGUUUAGUUGCUAGCUUUAUGAUUGUUUGUGCGCUGUUAUGCUUUGUAUUUUUUAUCCUCAUACUAUAACCGGAAAAUUCAAAUUUUGAAAAGGGAAAACUUCCGAGGGACACACACGCAAUAUUAUUAGCUAGGGUUUAUGAUCCAUUUUAGACAAGCUGUUUAAUUUUUUACAAUUUACAAAACCCCUUUUUUCAUUUAUUGUGUGACAAUUUACUCUCGCCCUUCUUUGUCAAAAUCACGUUAAAAGCCCAGGCAGGGAUUAGGGCACUCUGUCACGAUAACCUCAACGGAACAACUCCACUACACAGCACUACACGACUUAUUGAUAUUAUACGCAUACACACACACACGCACGCAAAAACAAGCGCAAAGUGGGUGAACCUUUAGGGAAAUUAAGUUGAACACAGACCUCAGGAUACGGAUGGCUACGAGGCAUGGCGGCGAUCUAGUGUAAAUAAAAUAACCCUCAUUACCUAACCUACCUAAAUCGAAGCACUUCUUGGCAGCGCGUGCGAUAGUUAAAUGUGUUGCAGUGUCUCUAUAUACAACUAUCAACGUGUAAUCGUACUUCAGAGCCAGGAGAUUCUGAGCAUGCAUCUUCCCAAAAUGCACGAAUCAUAUUGUACAGAAGAACAACACACACACACACACUCUCGGUUUAGAACGUUGAAGCGCUAGAUGUUGAAAGGGAAUGCGAUGAAUGCGUAACGAAUAUAUUCAUCCCAGCUUCACACAGUUUAA